AUGCCGCACGCCCCAGACACAGAUAUCGAGGAUGAGGCUUCCACCCAUCCCUACAACCGGAUAUCAAACCCGCUCAGCAUCAAACCGGUGAACGUCACCAAGCAGCUCGCGUCUAAAAAACGGGUCGUCUUCACACAACCUAUCUUCGGAUCUCUGCUGCUCGACAACAACGCAUCUGAUGCCCGCGACCACUGUGCCAACGAGCGCACUUUUCUAGCAUGGCUUCGGCUGUCCAUGUACCUCUCGAUCGUAUCGAGUGCCAUCGUCCUGUCGUUCCAUCUCCGCGCCCAGCCUACCGCGUUAGAACGUCACUAUGCACUUCCCCUUGGGAUACUGUUUUGGGUUCUGUCUAUUGGGACUAUAAUCAGCGGGGUUGCAAACUACAUCCAUACCCUGGCCAAGUAUAGCCGUCGUGCUGCCUUGGUUCAGAGCGGCUGGAAGACACAGGUGAUUUUCUGCAUCGUUGCGACCGUUAUUAUCGGGACCUGUAUACUCUUCUUGAGUACUAACAGCAGGUAA